GUUUGUCUGUCAUGCCAUAGCCAUGUUUUUGUCAACUAAAGCGCCUUGUCAAACUAUUAAAACUACGCUUUGCCUUCUGCUAAAUGAAACGUUGUUAAACAUACCUGCAUAACUGCGAGUAAUUCAGGAUCAUAGUUGUUGCAGUGUUUCCCUGCCGAUGUGCACAUUCCACACACUUAAACUAGCAAGCUAACGUGCAAUGCAGUGUUGGUGCUAUUAAAAUGGAUCCUCACAUUGCCAGACUAACUGUUCAGACGUUAGCUGCCGUGGUGGAAAUCUUGAUAGCACCGAAGGAAAGUGCACCCGAAAGUGUGGAAACACCGAAGUGGCCUUGUUUCAUUCAUUCAUCUAAGAUAUGUUACUUGAGGCACAACCAAGAUCUACAAAAACCUCAGCUUCAGCCUCAGGCCGUGUGUUCCGGUCCGGUCAUGCAGCCGACAGCAUUCUGCGGAGACACAAACGCUACAACACUGGUGUGUUUGAGGAGUUCAUGGAAGGCAACCUGGAGAGAGAGUGUGUAGAGGAAGUAUGUAACCUGGAAGAGGCCAGAGAGGUCUUUGAAGACAAUGACAAGACAAUCCAGUUCUGGGUGACAUAUUUAGAUGGCAAUCAGUGUCAAUCAAGCCCAUGUUUGAACCAGGGGUCAUGCAAAGACCACCUGGGCUACUACACCUGCACAUGUCCGUCUGGCUUCACUGGCAGGAGCUGUGAGAUCAUUGUAGCAAAAAGGUGUGACAUGAACAAUGGAGACUGUAUGCACUUCUGUGAAUCAAUGGACACCGUUGGAGCAAAAUGCUCGUGUGCGAGAGGAUACAGACUGAUGCAGGAUGGAGCUAACUGUGAAGCAGAAGUUGAGUUUCCAUGUGGCAGAACUGCCCUGACGGAGGUGAGUGCAGGACACAGUCGCUCCCUGUUCAGCCAUGUGAAUGCAAGCCAGCAGAACUCCACAAAUCUGACCAACAUCACCACUACUGCACCCCCUACUGCACCCCCUCCUUCAACCCCAGCCAAUACACUGGCGACUUCUCCCUCAACAAACCAAUCUCGAAAGAAACUGCCCUGGUGGUUUUUCCAUGACGCUAAGGCCUCCACUGAGGAGCCAUCCAGCCCUAUUCAACGCAUUGUAGGAGGCACGGCGGUGAGCCAAGGCGAGAUCCCUUGGCAGGUAGGCUUGAUAAAGCAAUCUGUUGGACUAUUAUUCUGUGGGGGGUCCAUCCUCAGUGAUCGGUGGGUUAUCACUGCUGCUCAUUGCCUGAUGGAGGCACAAGGCUCCUUCUUCAUCAGAGUAGGAGAGCAUAACAUCUACAUCACAGAGGGCACCGAGCAGGAUUAUGAGGUGUUGGAGCAGCACAUGCAUCCUAAAUACAAUGGCAUUCUAAGCUUGUAUGAUCACGACAUCGCCCUGCUGUACCUCAAAGACCCCAUCAGCUUUUCCACAACAGUCCGACCCAUCUGCAUCGGGCCCAAGGCUUUCACUGAGGCCCUGGUGAAGGAGUCUUCCCCAGCCACGGUCAGCGGCUGGGGCCGGACGCGCUUCCUCGGGUUCACGGCAGACACUUUGCAGAAGGUUGAGGUUCCCUUCACUGAUCGGACAGAGUGUAAGCGCAGCAGCAGCGCCAGGAUCACGCCCUUCAUGUUUUGCGCAGGAUACUACAACAAGGCCAAAGACUCCUGUCAGGGGGACAGUGGAGGCCCUCACACAAACAGUAUUCACAACACAUGGUUCCUCACCGGCAUUGUGAGCUGGGGGGAGGAAUGUGCAAAGCAGGGGAAAUAUGGUGUGUACACUCGAGUGUCCCUUUAUUACCGCUGGAUCAACAAAGUUAUGGGAAUAACCAAAUUCCAGCUGGAAUUUGAUGUGGAAGAGCCAGACCCUGAAAAUGAAGAAUAAUAGAUUUCAAGAAUAACAAAUGAAAACAUCGCUUUUUGCUUCUUAAUGUUUUGCACAAGAUAGUUUGAUUCAAGUAGCUUAAAUACAUAAUUUUCAUUGAAUGAAUAGCCAUUACAAUCUACCAUGCCAAUUUCAUACAAAAUGAGUCUACAUCAUUAGAAAAUAAUGAUGUGUAAGUUUACAAACAUUUUAAAGAUGUGUAAAUGAUUUUGUAUAUUAAAAAUAUUGUGAAAACAA